UCGGAGGACGGCGGCAUGAUGAACCAGCUGCUGGCGUGCGCGUGAGAAAGCACGCGGGCACGGACCUCUCUGACGCCCGCUGCGGGGACCGGAGACACUCAGCGUUUCGGAGAGUCCGCAAAACGGGGAGCGGAGCCACUUCCACGGCCGCACUCAUGUGACUUGAGUCAUGUCCAAGAGUGUGAAGAAGCGGAAGAACCACUGGACGAACAAAGUCCACGAGAGCGUCCUGAGCAGGAGCCCGGGCGGAGACCUGGGGCUGGAGUUGAAGGGCGGCGCGGAGAACGGCCAGUUCCCGGUGGUCGGUGAGGCGCUGGCGGGAGCAGCCGUGUGCCUCAGCGGGAGAGUGUUCCAGGACGAACUGCUGCUGGAAGUCAACGACACUCCCGUGGCUGGACUCACCACCCGGGACGUGCACGCCGUGGUCAAACACAGCAAGGACCCGCUGCGACUCAAGUGCGUCAAGCAAGGGGGCGUGAUCAACAAGGACCUGUGCCACUACCUGAACCUGCGCUUUCAGAAAGGCUCCGUGGAUCACGAGCUGCAGCAGAUCAUCCGGGACAACCUGUACCUGCGGACCGUCCCCUGCACAACCCGGCCGCCCAGGGAAGGAGAGGUCCCCGGUGUGGAUUAUAAUUUCGUGACCAUCGACCGCUUCAUAGAGUUGGAGAAAAGCGGAGCGCUGCUGGAGAGCGGAACGUAUGAAGAUAACUUCUACGGCACCCCGAAGCCUCCAGCCGAGCCCAGCGCUCUGCUGCUCAAUGUAACGGACCAGCUGCUGCCGGGCGCCAGACCCAGCUCCGAGGGCAAGAGGAAGCGCAACAAGUCGGUCAGCAACAUGGAGAAGGCCGGCGUGGAGCCACCGGAGGAGGAGGAGGAGGAGAGACACGUCGUCAACGGCAACGGAAUAGCCGUCACGCCAGAGUCUAGCGAACAUGAGGACAAGAGCGCAGAUGCUCUGGGCGACGGCGGCCAGCAGAGCGGUCCAGCAGAUGCCACCACUGAAGGUUGCCAGUCCCCCAAGAUGACCCUCCCCAAACCCGAGGAGAACGAGGAGCUGGGGCCGCUGCCGGACAACUGGGAGAUGGCCUACACGGAGAAGGGAGAAGUUUACUUCAUCGACCACAACACCAAGACCACGUCGUGGCUGGAUCCCAGGCUCGCCAAGAAGGCCAAGCCACCGGAGGAAUGCAAAGAGGACGAGCUUCCGUACGGCUGGGAGAAAAUCGAUGACCCCAUUUAUGGCAGCUACUAUGUUGACCACAUCAACCGACGGACCCAGUUCGAGAACCCGGUCCUGGAGGCCAAGAGGAGAGUGCAGCAGCAGCAGCAGAUGCAGAGCCAGGGCCUGUCCUCGCUGCCUCUCCCCGCCAUCUUCAGAGAGAAGCCGCUCUUCACCCGAGACCCCACGCAGCUGAAAGGAAGCUUCCUGUCCACGUCGCUCCAGAAGAGCAACAUGGGAUUUGGAUUCACCAUCAUCGGAGGGGACGAGCCAGACGAGUUCCUGCAGGUCAAGAGCGUCAUCCCGGAGGGUCCGGCUGCAGCGGACGGCAAGAUGGCCACCGGUGACGUCAUCGUCUACAUCAACGACGCCUGCGUCCUCGGCACCACGCACGCCGACGUGGUCAAGCUCUUCCAGUCGGUGCCCAUCGGCCAGAGCGUGAGCCUGGUCCUGUGUCGGGGGUACCCGCUCCCCUAUGACGCGGAGGAGAGCGCCACCACCAGCACCAGCGCGGCGGCCACCACCACCAUCAUCUCCCCGCUGGGCAUCAUGGAGCAGCGGCCCAUCCUGGUCAACGGCAGAACCGGCUACGACAACUACCUGGACUACCUCUCCCGGACGGCUGGCUUUGUCACGGACCCCGGCCAGGACCAGCUGGGCGCCGCGCAGCAGCUGCUCACCCCUCACCCCGGGGACACCCACCUGGACGGCUCGCUGCCCCACACCGCCGGCGCCACGCCGCCCGACAGUGUCUCCAUGGCGUCCUCUGGGGCCACGCAGGGCGAGCUGCUCACGCUCACCAUCAUGAAGGGCCUGGACGGGUUCGGCUUCACCAUCGCGGACGGUGCCACGGGUCAGCGGGUCAAGCAGGUGCUGGAGGCCACGGGCUGCCCGGGGCUGUGCGAGGGCGACCUGAUCGUGGAGAUCAACAAGCAGAACGUGCAGGGAUCCACUCACAACCAGGUGGUGGAGCUGCUGAAGGAGUGUGCGGUGGGAGCCGAGACCAGCCUGGUGGUCCAGAGAGGAGGCACAGGUCACUAUUCCCCCUGGAAGACCCCCACUCAGGUGUUGGAGCAGUGGGAGUCCCAGCAGGGCCACAGCAGCCCGGCUCAGACCAGCCUCUCUGCUCCAGUUAUCCCCCACAGCGCCCCCUACCCCACCCACCACCUCCACCGGGCCUCAGUCCCGGACUCGGCCGAGGCACUGGUGCUGGCCAAACCUGACCCGUUUGGCCUGUAUGAGCGGUCCAGGGCGAUCUAUGAGAAUAGGCAACCCAGCCAGCCCAGAGCCGUGCUCCCAGUGGACCCCACAGAGUACCAGGACAUCGAGGUCCACCUGCGGCGACAGAAGUCUGGGUUCGGGUUCCGGGUCCUGGGCGGGGACGAGGCGGGCCAGCCUGUGAGUCCGGAGACGCGUGAGAAGAUCUUGAUCGGUGCCAUCAUCGAGAAGAGCCCGGCGGACCUGGACGGGCGGCUGCGACCCGGCGACGAGCUGCUCUUCGUGGACGGCAUCCCAGUGGUGGGCAAGCCGCACAGAUACGUGAUCGACCUGAUGCACGCCGCCGCCCGCAACGGACAGGUCAACAUGGUGAUCCGGAGGCGAGUGCAGAGCUCGGGUGAGUCGUGUCCCGAGAACGGCCGCAGCUCGGGCUCCGUCUCCACGCAGCACAGCUCCCCGCGCAGUGACCUCACCUGCGGCAACAGCAGCAACCAGACCAGCAACGCCGUCAGCGCGCAGCCCAGCGACGUCGUCAUCAACAGGAAGGAGAGCGAGGGAUUUGGCUUCGUCAUCAUCAGCUCGCUCAACCGCCCCGAGGCCACGGUCACCAACGCCGUGCCCCACAAGAUCGGCCGCAUCAUCGAAGGCAGUCCGGCCGACCGCUGCGGGAAGUUGAAGGUGGGAGACCGGAUCCUGGCGGUCAACAGUCAGUCCAUCGUCAGCAUGGCGCACGCCGACAUCGUCAAACUGAUCAAGGACGCUGGUCUGAGCGUGACGCUGAGGAUCAUAGCGCAGGAGGAGACCAGCAACCCCCCCUCGGCCCCCGGCUCAGAGAAGCAGAGCCCUCUGAUCCAGCAGAACAGUCCGAAGAACCAGUCCAACACGGAGAGCUCCCAGCCGUGCUCGGGACUCUCCGAGAGCCAGACCAAGACCCACCAGAGCCCGGUGACGCAGCGGCCCGCCGCCCCCCCUCAGACCUACCCCCAUGAGAGCAGCUACAGGUCAGAGGUCAAGGCGCGACAGGACGUGAAGCCCGACAUCCGACAGCCGCCCUUCACAGACUACCGCCAGCCGCCGGUGGACUACCGGCACCCCCCGGUGGCAGACUACCGCCAGCCCCCCACACUGGAAUACAGACACCCUCCUCUGCUGGACUUCAGGCACCUGGGCCAGGACGCCCGACAGUUCACCAUCCCGGAGUAUAGGAUGCCCCCCGUGCAGCUGACGCAGGACUUUGACUUCUUCACGGUGGAGCUGGAGAAAAGUGUCAAAGGCUUCGGCUUCAGCAUCCGCGGAGGCCGUGAGUACAAGAUGGACCUGUUCGUCUUGCGGCUGGCGGAGGACGGACCGGCCGUGAGGAACGGCAGGAUGAGGGUGGGGGACCAGAUCAUCGAGAUCAACGGGGAGACCACCCGAGAGAUGACCCACGGCAGGGCCAUCGAGCUGAUCAAGUCCGGGGGCCGGCGGGUCCGUCUCCUGCUGAAGAGGGGCACGGGGCAGGUCCCAGAGUACGACACUUCCACCUCAUGGGAUGUUCGCCCUUCAGCCUCCCCAAGUCUGCCGGAAGUAGCCCCUCCCAUCGACCCUCUCUCCCUGCCAUUGUCCUCAUCUCAUCUGGUCCCAGAGCCGCCUCCCCUGCUGCCUCGGGACAGCGGGCGGGAGCGGUCCACCAGCCCCUUCAAGGCCGAGCUGUUGAAGCCAGAUGCAGUCAGUCACGGGCCGAGCAGCAGCAGCGGCAGCAGCAGAGCCCAGAAGAACGGUGGCAGGUCCACCCACGGCUCGCAAGCCACUGCUGACGCCGAAGGAGGCGACGGGCGGCCGGGCAGGGGCGCGAGGGGUCGGUCCAAAGAGAGGAGCACCGGCCGAGGCUCCAAACUCCUGCACGCCAACGGAAACAGCCGGGAGCAUCACCAGCAGGGGGAGCCGGCGCCAGGCACCAAGGGCGGCGGCGGCGGCAGCUCAGCUGGGAGGAAGGCCACCGUCUCUCCCGGACCCUGGAAGGUCCCCGGCUCAGACAAGCUGCCCAGCACCCUGCGAGUGGGCGCCUCCCCGCUCAGCAGAUAACAACUUCUGCGCCCCAACGUUCCCGGCGAGCCGCCGCCGGCUAGACUUUUAUUUAUGAUCGGGUGCUCCUAAGUUAUUCUGAGAAACUUUUGGCACCGGCCACCUUGAGAACGUUCUCCUGUGGAAGUGGACUUGUGUGUAGCGAAACGGAGCCUGGCCGGAACAUUCUGCAGCUGGACCUUUUUAUAUCAACAGAGUGGAGUCUAUUUUAAGAUUGUUUAGAAGAGCGUUUUUACGGGACGACAGUUGUGAGACCUUCUCUCCAACGGAACUUUGCCUUAACGGAAGCAGCGUGAAUGAGUCUGAGAGGUUUUGUGACGGGUCUCGGUGUAAAUACGGGCCGAUGGUUUCAUGACCUGGCUGCCCGCUUCGGCGUUUUUCAUUCCUGUAAUUCACCCCGACGGUGCUGUCCAGUCGGACGCCAAGAGACGAGGCCGCCGUGACGCAGGGGGGCAGAGUGCCUUAGACUGACAUGGGUUUGGCUCCGGAGUCACCUUCAAGGAAACAGGCUGCUACCAACUUCAAAGAUGUAUUUUUUCAGUGUGACAAAGCUACAUGUGAUUUGUGUGUAUAUUUGAGGCCCCUGGGUCACAUGGUGCGGCUGACCACGCGGGUGUGAGGUGGCUCUGAAUGUUCUGUCUGAAUCACACGCACCAGGGGAGCAGCAGCCUGGCAUGACCCGGUCACCUGUGGGUCAGUAAACCGGUUACAGGGUGAUGAACACGGGGCCCAUGCUGACCACGGACGGCUCCGAUCCCGACAAACUGUGACGGACUGGUUUUCUGGACCCAUGUUAGAAGAACCAGCAUUGUCGUUUCAUCUCUGCUCUUGGGCCGGACCGACAAGGUCUGCCAAGGAGCAGGUGGAGACCCUGAUCCUGAGGCUCAGCCGGAGCCUUCCACCCCUGAUCUGGAGUGGGAACUUCGCCCCCAAAAAGUCCUUGAACCUUCAGAGCCGGUGUCAACCUCAGUCACUGGAGGCCAAUAUUCAGACCCAGUUCCAGUCACAGGCUAAACAACAUAUAGGUUUCCAGUGACGCCUGUGAAGUGGGCGUAUGACAUCAGUCACUUUGGAGACUGACUUCUGAGAAAGGCUUCUUCUUCUUCUUCUGAGAGGUUUCCAGCCUUUGCCCACUGUGGUCCUCAUAAUCACAACAUCAACGUGGGUUGGAUAUGUUCUGGUUCUUACUCAGUUUCACUUUGAGCCGCCAGUGAUUUUAACGCUGGCCCAGAAACCUGACCUGCAUUUGGCCCCCGGACCUCAAGGUUGACACAGGUUUCUCCAGUGUUCUGGGGAGUCUCCACCUCUUCACGGAACCAUGGUGCUUUUUCAACUGGAGUUCUGUCUACGAGGUCCAGACUUGGUCCUUCAGCUGUCAGGUGCAAAACCUCCAAAGUAAGUCUGAAGUGCGAGACCCCUCUUCACGGGCGACGCCAGCCGUCCAAACUCACAAGCCAGUAGAUCAUCUGGGCCUGGACGUCUGCUGUGAAGUAGACUUGUCAAGGGUUUACGCACCUGGUCUGAAUUCAAGUCACUGCGCGAGAGACAGGCCAAUCACCAGCCAGGGUUUCGUCAGACCUGACACCUUCAUCUGGAACAAUGAAGGUCAGAAGGUAUCUGGAGGUUCCCAUCAAUGACACCAGUCAGUGACUCGGACUCGACGGUGGAGCCGUGUAGGCGAGGGAAGCACUGGUCCGGUGCGAGUCAGAGUCGUGAGGCUGUGAUCCCCCCGCCGGUCCAAAGGUCGCGCUUCAUUUGCUCCGCAGAAUCAGCAAAAACUCCACGAUUCCUUUGAUGUGUCCUGGAAGUCUGGCGGUCCAACACCACUUCUGUAAUCACGGCCCUCCUCCAUCUGCUCUGUGAUCUCUAAAUCCACUCCACUCAUAUUACCCCAAAACAAAACAACUGUUUCCCCCGGAGAGGGAUCAGGAAACUCUCACCAAUCUGUCGCUAAUCUCUUGUUACACAAUCUGCCUUUGAAGCACAAUCCGACCCUCGGUUUGGUCUUCGGAUCUUCCGAUAAACUCGCUGACUAAAGUAGCACUUCUCUCCGUUCAUCCCCUCGGUUGGGUUUGCGUCUGUGUCCCUCCACAUGGAAGCCAAAAUGUAACGUGUGUUCUACGUGAAGCGGAACAGGUGUGCGCGUGUGUGUGUGUGUGUGCGCGUGUGCGUGCGUGCGUGUGAGACCACGCUGCAUCCAGGACGCCAGCGCUCGAUAUCACUGUGUCGUGUUCUAGCAGUGUGUAGAUCCUCAACAGGAACCAAGACGACUCUGUGUCCUAUUGACGGUCACAAAGACUAUUUUUAUGAAAUGCAACUCUAUGGAUAUAUUAACUUUUGCAAAAUAUUGUUUAAAUGUAUGAUACUCUGAAACGCUGUCAAAUAAAAUCUUGACAUGACGAUGACGGAGU